AUGGAUGUUGUUCAGGCCGUCUCCGGCUACAUCUCCAAGAUGAUGUCGGCCGGAGACAGCACCUCAGGGGCACCCUCUGCGAAGAUGAAGAUCCUUCUCUUAGACAAGGAGACCGUACCCAUUGUGUCUACCGCCACCACGCAAUCGUCUCUGCUCAAUCAUGAGGUCUAUCUCACCGACAGACUGGACAACCAGAAUCGUGAGAAAAUGAGACAUCUGCGCUGUCUAUGUUUCGUCCGGCCGUCUCCAGAUUCGAUACAGUUUCUCAUAGAUGAGCUUCGGGAUCCCAAGUACGGCGAAUAUUACCUCUAUUUCAGCAACGUGGUCAAGAAGUCGGCGUUGGAACGGCUAGCCGAGGCCGAUGAUCACGAGGUCGUUAAGUUGGUGCAGGAGCACUUCGCCGACUUCAUCGUCAUCAACCCAGAUCUGUUCUCCCUCAACCUCACUUUACCCCAGCAGAAGAUAUGGAGCACCGCGCCGGAGAUGUGGAACUCGGACUCGUUGCAGCGGACGACCGAGGGCUUGAUGGCGGUUCUGUUGUCGCUCAAGAAGAAGCCGCUCAUCCGCUACGAGAAGAACAGCCUGCUUUCCAAGAAGCUGGCUACCGAGUUAAGAUACCACAUGACACAAGAAGAGCAACUAUUUGAUUUCCGGAAAGUCGAUACACCACCAAUACUCUUAAUCCUGGAUCGAAGGGAAGAUCCAGCCACACCACUGCUCAACCAGUGGACAUAUCAAGCAAUGGUCCAUCAUCUGCUCGGCAUCCACAACGGACGGGUAGAUCUUGGCGACGUACAAGACAUCCGGCCUGAGCUCAAGGAGAUUGUCUUGUCACCUGAUCAAGAUCCCUUCUUCAAGAAGAACAUGUAUCUGAAUUUCGGCGAUCUCGGUGGAAAUAUCAAGGAUUACGUGGAGCAAUAUCAGUCCAAGACGAAGAACAAUGCCAACAUCGAGUCGAUAACAGACAUGAAACGGUUCAUCGAGGAAUACCCUGAGUUCCGAAAGCUCUCCGGAAACGUUAGCAAACACGUCACCCUGGUCUCAGAGCUCAGCGGACGAGUAGGGGCGGAGAAUCUGUUGGAAGUCAGUGAGGUCGAGCAAAGUCUUGCAUGUAAUGACAACCACGCUGCCGAUCUGAAGAAUGUCCAAAGGUUGGUCCAGUCUCCGGCAGUGACAGCCGAGAAUAAGGUUGGCUUGGUGGCGCUGUACGCUUUACGCUACGAGAAGCACCCAUCGAAUGCAUUGACUAUGCUCGUUGACCUAUUAACGGCCGCAGGUGGUGUCCCGGCACGACAAGCCGACCUGGUGGCCAAGCUAUUAAUCUAUCAUAACUCCUUGCAGCAAUCUCAAGCCGCCGGUGGUAUCACAGAUAUCUUUGAGGGAAGCGGUAUUUUCUCCGGCGCCAGAGCCAUCAAAGGUCUCAAGGGCGUCGAAAACGUCUACACCCAGCACUCGCCACAUCUGGAGACAACACUACAGAACCUCAUUAAAGGGCGGCUACGCGAGCAGCAGUACCCCUUCGUCGAAGGCGGCGGGACUACGCGGGACAAGCCCCAGGAUAUCGUGGUGUUCAUGAUUGGCGGUACGACGUACGAGGAGUCGAAAAUGGUCGCGGGCAUCAACGCGUCGUCGCCCGGGGUCAGAGUGGUCUUGGGAGGCACUGCUAUUCAUAACGCGGCGACAUUCCUGGAGGAGGUCGCUGAUGCCGUGUCUUCUUGGCCGGAACCGCCGCCUACGACGGCAGCCGGCCGUUUGCGGAAGGAGGUCGGUAGGAGAUAG